UCUCUCUCUACUCUUUUUAGAUAACCCUUUCUCUCUCUUUCUCUCUCCCCAGUUUGAGAGAACCCUAGAAAGCUGAAACGGCCAUAGAAGUGAAAUUUAGGUGAGGAAAUUGUAAAACCCAUCUCAGAGAAACUCACGGCUUCCCAUUUUCCAUAACUCACAAGAGCGGAAAACCAGAUAAAGGUGGAAAUGGAGAACAACCACCAGCAAGCUCAGUCCUCUUCAUAUCCAACAACACAACCCCCAUUUCAUCAUCUCCUACAACAGCAACAGCAGCAACUCCAGAUGUUCUGGACAUACCAACGUCAAGAAAUCGAACAAGUGAACGAUUUUAAGAAUCAUCAGCUUCCCUUAGCCCGAAUCAAGAAGAUCAUGAAAGCCGAUGAAGACGUUCGCAUGAUCUCUGCUGAAGCCCCAAUCCUCUUUGCCAAGGCAUGUGAGCUUUUUAUUCUCGAGCUCACAAUCCGUUCAUGGCUUCACGCAGAGGAGAACAAGCGUAGAACAUUGCAGAAGAAUGAUAUCGCUGCGGCCAUUACCCGUACGGAUAUCUUUGAUUUCUUGGUUGAUAUUGUUCCGAGGGAUGAGAUUAAGGAUGAAGCAGGGCUUGGAAUUGCUGGGAGUACCACCAGUGGGAUGUCUUACUAUUAUCCUCCGAUGGGUCAGGCGGCACCAGGCGUUAUGAUUGGCCGUCCUGCAUUACCCGGAAUUGAUCCUGGUGUGUAUGCUCAGCCGCCAUCGCAGGCAUGGCAGUCAGUGUGGCAGUCGGCUGAAGAUGGAUCCUAUGGGAGCGGUGGUAGCAGUGGACAUGUUAAUUUGGAUGGGCAGGGCGGCAGCAGGUGAAUACCAAUCUGCAAAAGAAGGAUCAGCUGAAGGAAUGGAAAUUGAAGCUGUUCAGCAAGGACUGCAGCAAAUCGGAGUUUUUGCAGGUGUUUCAGUUCGUCAACAGAAUUGCAAGAUUACCAUGGUGUCUAUUUUAUACCUUAUAUGAAAUUAAAAUAUCGUUAAUAGUUCUGAUUCUCUUUUAUUUCAGCAUGUGGACCAACCUAUUUAUUAGCAGUGCAUAUUUUUGUUUAUUUUUCAUCUGAGAACAGUAAAUUAGGAAGCCAUGAAGUUACUAAACUAUCAGAGGUAACUGAUGUACAAUCUGUUUGUUUACUAUAUAAAAUGAUUGAAUACAAUGCGUUAUUUGA